AUGUGGCGCCCAGAGCCGCUCCAGGAAUCUGCCCUAAAUGUUUUCCAUAUUAGUUCAGAGCCUUCUCUGGUUCCAAAUAGCCUAGCAGCCGAGCUGGGCUAAUACUGAGAGGAACCCUGAGCAGAGAGGGGAAGGGAACGGGGGGCGUGGCAGGGAGCAGGGUAGCACACUGACAGACAGCACAACGGUAAGACACUGACAAAGAAACGGGAAAGGAAAGAGUGAGAAAAGAGAAAGAGAAAACAACUUCCCAAGGAGCUGAAGAAUACGCGCUAGUCUCAUCUCAAGGCAGAAGGUGAAGAAUGGGAGAAGGAAAGAAGGGAUCUGGAGGAGGGGAGAAGAGCGGAGGAGCGCCCCCCCUCCAGGAGAAGAAAGGGGGGAAAGCAGAGGAGGGAGGCCCAGCGCCCGAGGAUGCCCACAAGUGCUGUGGCUGUCGCUUCCCCCUGCUCAUUGCCCUGCUGCAGCUGCUGCUGGGGGUGGCCAUCACAGCCGUGGCCUUCCUCAUGGUCACCAUCAGCCCCUCGCUCCUGGCCAGGGAGACACCACACUGGGCCGGCAUCAUUUUGUGUGUGGUCUCCUUGCUAGGCUUCCUCCUAUACUGCAUCACCUACGUACCAGAUGAGAGGACCUCCAUGCAAUUCAUCGCCAAACUGCUGUACUUCAUCCUGUGCACAGUGGGCCUGGUCCUCUCUGUCCUGGUCAUGGCCUUCUCUGGCCACCAUUAUGCUCAGACCAACGGAUUCAGCUGCCUGGAGGUGGGAGAUGACUGCGUGUGCACCCUGGACCCCCACGACCCAAUCGCCAGGACCUUCACCUACGCGGGAGUCAGCGACUGCGGAGAGGUCACAGGCACCCUGAAGUUGUACUUCCUGCUUCAGAUUGCCCUGAACCUGACCCAGGCCCUGGUGUGUGCCCUGGGGGCCUUUGUCAUGUGGAAGCACCGCUACCAGGUGUUCUUUGUGGGGCUACAGAUAGGCUCACCCUCCUUCCAGCACUGGCAGAAGGUCUGAUGGGAAAUGUAAAAGAAGAAAAAAAGAGGCCCAUGAUGAUGCUGAUACCACUAUUGAGGGUAGAGUAAGGCGGAGAGCAGCCAAUCAACAUUUCGGCUCAUUCUACUUGAAUGGACAGAGAUGUAUUACACAAAACACUUUGGUGUGUGCUUACGUGUGUGUGUUUUGGUUGUUCUCAAUCAUAUAUACAUUUUGGGGUGGUUGUCUUCUUCUAUAAUGGCUUUUCGCACAACUUUUAUAUACUGUGUGGAGAACUUUAUUCGCAGUUGCCAAUGCUACAUGAGAUACUGUAUUUUUAAUAGAUGAAAAUAGUCAAAACUACCAAACUGUCAGUUUUGGAAUGAUCUACCAUGAUGUUCAUUGUAUUUUUGUCAGGGAUUUCAAAAUAACUCAGCAAAAAUAUUUAUUAUGCCUCUACAAUUUAAUGUAUACACUCUAUAAUAGUGUUGAUUAUGUUACAAUUAAAGCAAACUCAAGACACUUUUCUCAUACUGGGGUCAUAAAAACGAUUCUUGCUGCACAAGUAUUCAUCUCUAUAAUCUUCUAUCAUACUGCUGUUUAGGACGGUGGGGAAUGCUAUUGUUUUCAACCCCAAAUGGGCCUUCAACUUGAGAUACUCAAUGAGAGUGGGCAGCACUGAGCUAGCCUGCAACAUCACUUCCUGGAGUAGCUCGAACUGAGCAUGUUAUCAAAAGACAGCACAGUAGGAAGAUAUGCAGAAACUGCUUCUCCCAAUAAAAUCCCCGAUCACAUUGUAUGCGAUGUCAUGGCGAAAUUCAUGCACAGAAAGACGUCAUCGGGUCUAACGGUUGUCUCGGGCCGAACUGCGCAUUUGCAGGCACUCAAAUUCAAAAGGGACUCCUUCGAUAUAAUUAAGAAAGAAUUUCACUUCUCUCAUCAACUUCACAAACCCCGGACAGGUCUGCUUGGUCUGUUUCGCAAGCGUUCCCGGAAGUCACGCCUCUGGGAUUAGGAACUGCGAUGUUAUGUUUUGAGAAUCCCCCCCAAGAGAUUCCAUUUUAGCAAACUAAAGCAGAUUACCCGAGCUUCAAAUGCACCGUCGAGUCUUCACAUAGGAAAUGGUGUGACGUCAUCUAUGGCUUUGUACAUUCAUAUACAGUCAAUGGUUUAACUGCAUCGGCAGAGGGUGAGGAGCAGGGUGGAAUAUAAGUGAGGGAAUUAUGCUAUCUUAUGCUCUCUUUUUGCAAUUGCAUAUUUAGCACUUGACUUUGAUUAUGAUGGACUAUCACACAAACAGUGGUACAUAUUUUGUAAUACAGUAAUACAGUAUUUUUGGGCAAAAGAGGCUACUCAUUUCAUCUUUCCUUUCAGUCAAUAGAUGUGUCUGUAGCAUUUGGGACUGUUGAUAUAAUGCCAUCAUUGUAUGAAUCAGGGAAAACCCCUGACUGAAUACAGCAGUACAGCCUGGUGUGUUAUUGCAUUUACUAACCACUCAGAGUGGAGACAUACUGGUGCUGAGAGGAGGCAUGUGGAGGCUAUCAACAAUACCAGUGGCCUCCAGUCAUGACUCAAGCAGCCAGGCAAAACCAAAACUGCUGCAACCGCUGGGGGAGGGCUGGGCUGGGGAGGGGUAGGUAAAGGGGUACUCAGACAGACAACUGAACUGUGCCACCCCAAGAGGGAAACUAAGUUUAUUUGGCUCAUUUAGCUGGAUAGUGUCCCUCCAAUAGUGAAGACGUUAAAUCAGUUGUUUAAAGGUUUGGUGUACGUUGUCUUAUGCUAAAUGAAUUUAGGUGGAUUGUAAAUCACAUUUUGGGUGCUGGUACUGGACAGCAUUUGCCAAUGACACAUCUAGAGACGAGAGCAACAUGAAAAACAGAAGCAGAAAAUAUGAGAAUUUGAGCUAAUGAGUGGUGGGUGGUAACAUGGUAAUUACUGUGCAUUAGAGAUACUAUAGUCGAGUCUUUGUACAUAAUACACAGAGAGAAGUGUUUGAGAAUAGCAAAAUCUGUGUUUUAUCUUCAAUAGACACCUUAUUACUGGUGCUUGAGCAUUUUGCGUCAUUUACAUGUACAUUAGAGAAAGAACUACUGCCGAUGUCCGUGUACAUUUUCUAAGCCUUUUAGCAUGGUCUCAUGUUUACUAUUAAUAAAUGGUGUUGACUUUUAA